CACGCAAGCUUAUAGCAGAAAUGCAGAGUAUUCGUUUAAACCAAAAAAAUACUGAGUAUAACGACAUUUCUUUGCGAGGCAGCAUUACUGCUUUGUUUUGCAAUUGAAGUCGUACCUUGGUACGCUGAAGAUUUCCAUUUGCCCUAAAGUUAUUGCACUGGUAAGCUGCAACCAUGUUUCGAUCAAAAAUUGUAAAAACAGCGCGCUAUGCGGCUGCCUUGGCGAUUUUAUUCAUCUUCGCAACUUGGUAUAAUGGUGCUAUUUUCAUCACCGGCCGCGACGCGGCUGCUCAUGGCUAUCCCUUCCUCGUCUCCGUACAGCGAUGGAACGAAACGACUGCAUCGUGGGUCCACACCGCUUCGGGAAUCUUGGUACACGGCAAGAAAGUUGUAACUGCGGCUCGUGUUUGUACCGCAUUCAGAGAUUAUAACGACAUAGUCCGGUGUUCGCUGGGACGCCACAACUUAGAAGAGGAAGAGCAGAGCACAGUGAACAUCAACGUAUCUUCUUACCACUGCCACGACAAGUUCAGUCAAUCCCCAUGCAGACACGAUAUUUGCCUACUGAAUCUAGCAGAGAAAAUAUCCCGAUUCACGCCUUGGAUGAUGAGGGCACCUUUCAGUUUCGCGCAUGGCUUGCCGUUUCCUGGAAAUUGCAGGCUGCCGGGAUGGGGCUCGUCGAUGGAGCAUAAUGAAACGUACUCGCCAAUCCUACAAGAAGGCCAUAUUGUUCCCUUAACACCAUUCGAGUGCAAAACGCUUGAUCCAGAAAUCUUUGAAUUCAACUGGUGCGCCUAUGGCCAAGAGUAUCCAGGUCCCGGGGACAAUGGCAGCCCCCUCAUUUGUCGCGCUCAGUCCCUGUGGUCGAAUGAUCAAGUGGUUGCAAUGCAUUCGUGCGGGAUGCCAGAAAUUCCGGGGAAGAAACGCUUAUCUUACUACCUGAACCUGGCUUAUUACCGGCCCUUCAUUACUGCUGACCCUGUACCGAAUCAGUGUCGCAUCGACUGAUACCGCUUAAUAGUUGAUGCAGCAGUUCCCUUUAAUAGCAUUCAGUAGAACAUUAAUUUUUCAAUACGUACUUGUUUUGGUGCAUGUAAAACCGGUGCAUGUUUAGCUCCAACGAUAUCGUCCAGUAAGAGUCGUAUUACGUGUAUCGCUCUCAGUCUUUAUAGGCACGUUUAUAUAAAAUGUUGGUAAAUACCUGUUGCGGUGGGAAAUGAUUGCGAGUGCGAAUGAGCUACCAGUAAACGAAACAGUUAGAAUGUGUUGGUUUUUCUAAGCAGUGUUUGGUAAUUUUGU